UACUGCCUACUACAGUAAACCAGGUUGCCUGCUUGAUAGAUCCCAUAAACACCGAGAUACUGGUUGGAAAGCAGCGUAAAUUGCAAUGGCUGUCACCCGUCGGACGGCGCUCCUUGUCGGUUGGAUGUGCCUGGUUCUCUGCCAAAUUACAGUCGCCGCACCCGUGAGCUCCAAUGUUCUGAUACAGAAUGUGUUGAAUGCACUGCGGGCACAGUCUGGAACGAGUGUUCGUGCAAGAUGUGUCUUACAAGUGAACUCUGACCUUGCAGAUGACAUCAAAGUAAAUAACCAAGUCAGUGGGACACUUGACUUCGAACAGUCGUCAUUGGGUGGUAAUCUGCGGGUAUCCGGCACUGUGUCUGGUAUAGACCCAACCAGUGCUGAUCUUCACGGGUUCCACGUCCAUUCAUCCAGUGAUAUGAGUAAUGGAUGUACGUCAACAGGAGGGCAUUUCAAUCCGUUUGGUAAAAACCACGGGGCACCUAGUGACGUAGAGAGGCAUGUUGGUGACUUUGGCAAUGUUUACCAAUAUCACGGCAAUGUUGAUGUCUCUAUACAAGAUCACUUGGCGUCGCUGGUCGGAGACAACUCUAUUAUCGGAAAAGCCAUCGUGUUACACAAGGAAAGAGAUGAUCUUGGCACAGGUGGUUACUCUGAUAGUUUGACAACUGGACACGCUGGAGCUCGUCUCGCUUGCUGUGAGAUCGUCGCGGUCUAAUUAGUUUGCUGUCCGAGAUCAUCGGGAUUUAAUCAAUUCUUAUUCAAGGAUACCUCAAUCUUUAUUCACAGUGGACAGAGGUAUUAUUGUCUCUUCCUGCAGAUGCAGUUUAUUAAACAGUUGUUAAAAUGCUUCUAAUAAUAGCCGAGAUGUCAUCAAUAAACCUUUAUUGAUUUUCUCGUGUGAUUAUAACGCCGAUCAGCUGCAAAACUGGUCACAACGUAGUUAUUUUGGUUAUGUUGACAUUAAAACAAACAAAGCUAACUGUGGUUAAUUCA